AUGAGAUAUGAUGGACAAGGAUGUGUGAGAGCUCAUAUCAUGAAUCUGAUUGACAUUGGAACUAAGUUGCAGGAUUUGGAAUUGAAUGUAGAUGAAGAUAUGAUGGUUCAUCUUGCUUUGAAUUCGCUGCCUAAGGAGUUUACGUCGCUCGAAGAUACCUACAUUGCUCAAAAGGAAAGCUGGACAUUGAAUGAUCUUAUCACCAUAUGCGUUCAAUAA